UGUAUAUUGAAUAAUACAAUUGCACACUACGCAAAAGUGUAAAUUAAUCAGACAUUGUGUCGAUAUGGUCACCCCUAAGCAUGUAGAGUGCUCUAGGGCAGCGCGGAAUUCACAGCAUAACCGUUCAAUGGAUAUGGUAGCGACAGAAAAUUAUGAAAAGAUCGACGACAUCUUAGAGGCUUUCAACCGCAAGGACUCGAUCGCCGCAGAGGCAGAAAACAUUUACACAAAGUAUGACUGUUUGAAGGGCAUCAGCUUAUACCCUCAUCAGGAAGUUGGUGUGAAGUGGAUGUGUGAGAUGGAAGAGCAAUAUGAUGGAGGGCUUCUAGCUGACGAGAUGGGAAUGGGUAAAACACAACAGAUCAUCGGAUUGCUACUAGCCCGCCCCGAAAAUCGAACACUGAUAGUGGUACCCUUGUCUAUGAUGGAUAUAUGGGUAACUAGCAUAAAACAAUUGUCAAGAUUGGCACACAACCAGAAAUUGAAAGCCAUCAAAUACCAUGGGACGAACAGGGACCUACACUUACAUCAAAAUUCGGAAUACAAAUACGUUGUGAUCACCACUUACGAUAUUGUUGUCAGUGAAGUAAAACUGAAGGCUAGAAACGAAAAUUUGCGGGAAGGCGAACCGCAUUCCGCAUUAUGGAGAGUUCCAAAAUGGGACCGAAUCAUAUUGGACGAGGCGCAUGUCGUCAGAAAUAGCGAAACAAAGAAGUUCAAGUCGAUCAUCAAAUUGUCUCAAAAAUGUGCUUUUCGGUGGUGUGUCAGCGGGACACCUAUCAAUAAUAAACCGGAGGACCUGUUGUCUUUGCUUCGCGUUACGCAAUUCGAAGAAAACAAAUUUAAAAUUGGUAUGGCAGUUAAACCUGGAAAGAGUCCGUGGGUCCAAUGGUUCAAACAUCUAGAUUAUGGCGAUGAUCGAUGUUUGUCUCUAGAAGCGACGAAACGUUUGAAGCUUGUAGCAUCUAUGUUUGGCCUGCGACGCACACCGCUCGACAAAAACGCAGAGGGUCAGCCAUUGAUAGUUAUGUCUGAAAAAAAGGUUGAGCACGUCAAUUUAAAGUUUUCUACAGAUGAAAGUGAACUUCAGCGCACUUAUCACAAACAUUGCAACGAAGAAGUCGCAAGUAUUAUCAAGCGGGGAUCGUUACCAAAGUCAGCUGCAUGCAUGUUCGCAAUGCUGACACGGCUCAGACAAUUGUGCAUCCACCCAUCGCUUGUUACUUUUAAAGUGAGUACUUGUGAUGGGCCCGAUUGCAAAAAGAAAGAAACGAACCCUGUGGAAGCAUGUCAACUUUUAACGCAUGAACUCUGCAAAGAAUGCUGUCUAAAAUUUGCCGAGGACGACGAGUGCCCGGUUUGCGAUAGCGCUGCCACUGGCACAAACAAUUUCGCAACAAGAUAUCCCGAGUCAAAGUCUUUAUUAAAGAAGGAGCGAGAGAAGGCUAGGAAGAUCUUUGACGCAUGGUCAUUAAGAGAUGUCCGCGGCAAAAUCGUUCGAUCCACAAAAACAAAGUGGAUAUUGAAGGAGAUGGCCGAAAGAAAACCUACGGAGAAGAUAGUAGUCUUUUGCAGUUUUGUAGCGUACUUUAAGGAGGUACUAGGGGAAGUGCUUAACGAAGAGGAAAUCAAAUAUGUGAUGUACCACGGUGAAAUGACGAUAGAAGACCGAGAAGCCAAACUGAAGAAUUUCCGCGAUGAUAUGAGUGUGUCGGUAUGCCUCAUGUCGUUGAUGGCAGCCAAUGUGGGAAUCAAUCUGCAGCAUGCUACAAAAGCGAUCAUUGUGGAUCCGUGGUGGAAUCCAGCGGUUGAGAUGCAAGCAGAAGCUCGCAUCUGGCGGAUUGGUCAAGAAAAGAAUGUCUCAAUCUUCAAACUUUUAAUUGAUGAUAGUGUUGAGAUGAGGGUGAAAAGAGCUCAAAGAGUGAAAAUGACAUACAUUGAUGCCGCAUUCGGUGAAGAGGAAUCCAGGGAAACACCCUUGAGUGUAGGGCUGGUAGGUUCGGAUGUGUAUUCACUCGCGGGUCUGAUCACGAACCAGACACCUCAAGAAAUCCAGCAAAUGGUCGAGCAAGAGGAACAACAGAGGACAACACAAUACACGCACACAGCCCGCCAGCAGAAAAGUGAACCACAGGCUACAGGAUCGCCACAGACUGAUUCGUUUGGUGAUACUCCGAGGACAACGCGAACAAACAUGCACACCACCCGCCAGCAGAAAAGUGAACCACAGGCUACAGAAGUCACAGAUAAGGACCCGGAGUGUGAUCCACUGGACAGAUACGUCGAUAUGCCGUAUAUGGAUCCUGCAACGAAAACAAUGGUCGGGUGGACAAAUGCUUCAGUGCAUCCCACACCACAGUCGCGGUCGCCAAUACAUCCACAGAUUCCACACACACAGAGCAAAAGGACAGCCACACCACACACACAAAUUAGCAAGACAGCCACACCGCACACACAUACCAGCAAGACAGCCACACCACACACACAGACCAAGAAGACAGCCACACCACACAUCACUGGUCGCCGUUCACAAGCAUUCAUCGUCACGAAUACGCGGGCCCAAGCAACCCCACCCACGGAACACUCACCGCCAGCCAUAGCCCUGUCCACGACAGCGCACCGACGCACAGCACAGGUGAGCCCAGCGUAUGUCGACGUUGAUAAAAUCCCUACCAUCGAUGUUGAUGCAAUAAGUUCGCCCACCAACCCACGACAGGAAGCAGCUACCCCUACCUCUAAUAGACCUGUCUCGGCGUACAUCGACCUGGAUACAGUACCAGAUGAGCCUACCUCCAACCGACCGGUCUCAUCAUACAUCGAUUUGGAUGCAGUAGCAGCUGAGCCUACCUCCAAUAGACCGGUAAGUCCGGAUAUUGGUGACAUGUGA